AUCUUGGAAACAAACAUACCGUGAAUAUACACUGAGAAAGUCCCAUACAUUGUUUACUGUAUUUAUCGUCAAAGAUAUUUACGACUUUCGUCAAGAUGAAAAAGCUCACUGUCGUCGACUUGACUAAACUUGUCAAAGAUUUCAUCCAACUGGAACAUAAAAUUACGGAGAUGAAAGGGGAAAAUACUACUCUUGAAGUACAGCUGGACGAGACUAGCAGACUUUUAAAAAUCUCACAGAACAAGGAGAAACAGUUGAUUGAAGAGAGAGAUGGGCUUUUGGAAACUGUCAAAGGUCUACAAAACACCUUACAACAACAGUGCGACCUCAGAGUUGAAAAUGAAGGCCUGAAAAAUGCAGCUCUUCAGAUGAAGAAAGAAAACGAAGCUCAGUUAAAGGAAAGCAAUACUCGCCUACAGAGGAUGGCAGCUGAGAUGAAAGCUCUACAAGAUCAACACCAGAGGGAGUUAGACGACUGUGUUAAAGAAACACAAAGGAAACUGGAUGCUAAAGAUACUGAGCUGACAGAAGCACAUGAGAGAAAUGAAUGCGCUUUGGAAGAAAUGAAAAGGCAGAUGAGAGAGAAGGAGAAAGAAAUACAAAGCCAAAUCAUUAAACUUCAAAUGGAGUUUGGUGCUAAACUUGCAAGGGCCCAGAGCAUAUCCGCAAAAAAUCAGCCGCAGACACAAUCAUCUGCUCCUCGUCCACAGAACAUCUUUAAAAGAAAGCUCCAGUUCAUUCAGGAGGAGAAAAACAAAGAGAUUGAGGCUCUGCGUCAGAAGGUGAGAGAGCUGGAACAGCAGAGCCUUCACGGAUUGAUGGAGUCUCGUCUGAAGAGGAGGAAAAACUGAGACUUAUUUUAAUCUGACCGUUGAUACGUGAGGGCCUUUUAUCUGUUUUUAUUUUAAAAGCAUUUCCCUCAGAAUAUGUUUUAAAUAUUAUGUUCUGUUUUGUUCUUAAUUUCAAUGUACAUUGCCUAUCCACGAUAAUAAAUAUACAUUUAUAAACAUAUAGCUGUGAAGACUGCUAUAUGAGAGGUCAUUCAGAAGGGGAGGAUAUGGCAGGUGACAUGGAGUUCCAGGAGAUUACAGGCCGAGCGCUCUUGCAUUGGUUUGGGACACCUGUAAACACAACCGCCAUUUUCCAGAUAAAGCUUGUAAUCUCAUCAAUAGAGACGGCUGGUAAUUCGGUGCC